UUGACUGCGAUCGAAUUGAGGGAGCCUGUUAGAAGUCUUGUUCAUACCAAGCUUGCUCCACCUCAGCAUGAUACCCAACAUCUUGUGCCAUGUAGGAUGAAGACACACUCAAAUGAAGAUGCUUUCUCAAGCCAUGAAUCAGUUCAACACAGCACGUGAAAGUCAAAAUAAAGUUUGGCUUUUCUGUUAUGAUAUUUAUGUUUUCAUGCAGCUUUAUUCUUUGUCUUUAUGUAGUACACUAGAACAGUUGUAUUAGGGUUACUAGAGUUGAGGUUCUAGUAUAUUCGUUUGCUGCAUAUAUAUUGCAGAGGCUUGCUUUUGUAAUAGUUAGUCUUUCACUAUUUUUAUAAUACCAAUGUCAAGUUGCAGCAUGAAAUCUUUUUAUUCUUUUAUGCUAUUUUCUUUCAAGAGCAACUUUUUGUUCUAGCCUAGAAUGAUGGCUUGGAUAUGGGCGGUUUUAUCAGCGAUCCUACUUGUUUAUCUCCUCCAACAACUACUCGGCCCGAACAGACUGCCUCCCGGCCCGAUAGGGCUUCCCAUACUAGGCCAUUUUCACCUGCUGGGCAAGAAUCCUCACGUAGAUCUGUGCCGUCUAGCCCGAAAACAUGGCCCCAUCAUGGGCCUUCGCUUGGGCUUCGUGCGCGCAGUGGUGGUGUCGUCUCCGGCAGCCGCCGAGCUCGUUCUCAAGACCCACGACCUCGUCUUCGCCAGCAGGCCUCGCAGCGAUGCGUCCUGCCGGAUGAGCUACGACCAGAGGAAUCUGGCUUUCGCGCCCUACGGCCCGUACUGGCGCAACAUGCGUAAACUCUGCACCUUGCAGCUGCUCAGCGCUUCCAAGAUGAAGCAAUUCGAGCCCAUGAGAAAGGCCGAGCUCGGGCUGCUGGUUGCGUCGCUCAAGCAGAGCAGGGACACCGUGGAUCUCAGAGCCAGAAUCUCCGCCGUCAACGGUGAUAUGAAUUGCUUGAUGAUUCUCGGGAGGAAGUAUUCCGACAGGGAUCUCGACGAGCAGGAUGGGUUCAAAGCUCUGUUCAGCGAGACGCUCGAGAUCACCGCGCAGUUCAAUCUCGCAGACUAUUUCCCCUACAUUGGGGGACUUGAUCUCCAUGGCCUGAAUCGCAGAAUGAAGCGGUUGAGCAACGUGUUUGAUGGAUUCUUGGAGAAGAUCAUGGAAGAUCACCUUCAGAAGAAGCAGCAGAGCCACGACUUUGUUGAUACCAUGAUGGCGAUCAUGGACUCCGGAGAAGCUGGAUUCGAAUUCGACCGUACCCACAUCAAGGCCGUGCUCCUGGAUUUACUGAUAGCAGGAAUGGAUACCUCUGCAACUGCGACGGAGUGGACAAUGUCAGAACUAUUGCGGCAUCCCGCCGUAAUGAAGAAACUCCAGGAAGAACUGGAAUCAAUUGUGGGAUUGGAAUCAAUGGUUGAAGAAUCGCAUCUGGACAAACUCGAAUACUUGGAGUGUGUGGUGAAGGAAGUGAUGCGCCUCCAUCCCGUGGCGCCCCUCUUAAUCCCUCACGAAUCCAUGGAAGACUGUGAGCUGCAAGGUUUCCACAUACCCAAAAAAUCAAGAGUGAUGGUGAACGUGUGGGCUAUCGGGAGGGAUCCCGAUGUUUGGGCUAACCCCGACUCUUUUACACCGGAGAGGUUCGUUGGUAGCGAUAUAGACAUGAGGGGCCGGCAUUUCGAGCUUAUACCAUUUAGCUCGGGCAGGCGAGGAUGCCCCGGGAUGCAACUAGGCUUGGCGCUGGUCAAACUGCUGGUGGCGCAAUUGGUGCAUUGCUUUCAUUGGGAGCUUCCAAAUGGUAUGAAGCCUCACCACAUAGAUAUGUCUGAGCACUUUGGUUUGGUUACUGCUAGAGCUAAGCGUCUCAUGGCGGUUCCUACUUAUCGACUACACAUUUGACUUAGGCUUUUUUUUUUUUAAUUCGCAUCGAAUGUUAUUUUAGUUUAUUGGUAAAAUAUUUUAUGUACCUUAAGCAUGUAUGAACGAAAUAAAUUAUUGUGUUAAAAUAAACAGAGUGUGGAACAAGUGGUUAAUUGUAUCGUAUAAAAAAUGUGUUUAGUAUA